AUGUCUUUUAUCUUCGAUGGCAUCAAAAAGGCGUUAGGCUUAGAUAAUAACAGGUCGGUGAUAUUAGAUUCCUUAGAUAUUGAAGGUGUGUCGAAAUUAAUUCUGAACGGCCAAGCGAAGAAAAUAGUAACUAUGGUUGGUGCAGGCAUAUCAACAGCUGCUGGAAUACCUGAUUUCCGUAGUCCAUCUUCUGGUUUAUACGAUAAUCUACAGGAGUUUAAUCUGUCGAAUCCCAUGGAAAUAUUUUCUAUCGACUACUUUCGCCAUGACCCAGGGCCAUUCUUUGAGAUUGCAAGACGCGUGUAUAAACCGGAAGCAAAGCCCACACUGGCCCAUUAUUUUAUCAGGUUGCUUCAUGAGAAAGGUUUGCUACUGAGGCAUUACACGCAGAAUGUUGACAAUUUGGAACGUUUAUCUGGUCUGCCAGAAGAAAAGUUGGUUGAAGCCCAUGGGACAUUUAACACCGGUCACUGUAUUAAGUGCAAAGAGCAAUAUGGUUUUCACUUCAUGUUAGAUGAAAUUAUGGCCAAGAAAACACCUAAGUGUCUCAAGUGUGAAGGCGUUGUCAAACCUGAUGUUGUAUUUUUUGGAGAGAAUAUGCCCAAGGUAUUUUACAAGAAUCUUUCUUCAGAUUUCAGUGAAUGUGAUCUACUUAUCAUAAUGGGCACUUCCUUAACUGUAUUGCCGUUCUGUGCUCUUAUUCAUCGUGUUGGUACUAAUGUUCCGAGACUGUAUAUCAAUCGUGAGUUCAGCGAUGGUUCUACUGCUUCUUCUGGCGAGCCCAAUAAUAAACGUGACGUAUUUUGGUCGGGUAACACGGAUGAUGGCGCCAUCAAGCUUUCCGAACUUCUUGGCUGGAAGAGUGAUCUACUAAAGCUCAAGGAGGAAACUGAUGCUCGUAUAACUGCAGAGUUGGGAGCGAGGAAGUCUCAAAAGAGUGUUGCCGCAUCGUAG